AAGAAAUAUAAAACAAAUAAAUCGAAUAUCGAAAAUAUCGAUGCAAAAGUGUUUUUAUACACGUCCACGUACGUUCUGAAAAGUCGAAGAAUUGGCAAAGAUAUUUGUUUGCUAUCUAGGGCUUCCCUCGGCCAACCCAAAUCGAAUUCGCAGCGAGAGCCAGGAGAGCGUCGCGCAGAGUAGCGUCGAGCAACGUCGACAGUUUUUCGUGUCCGUGUCACAAGUCAGAAAUUCCACACCGAGCAUUUAGCCAUGGCCAAUUCAGCUGCAGGACCCUCCAAACAGGACAUCGAGUCGGUCUUCAGUCGCCUGCGGGCCCAGCCAGCCAACAAAUCCUGCUUUGAUUGCGCGGCCAAGGCGCCCACUUGGUCCUCCGUCACCUACGGCAUCUUCAUUUGCAUCGACUGCUCCGCCGUGCACCGCAACCUGGGCGUGCAUUUGACCUUCGUGCGCAGCACCAACCUGGACACCAACUGGACCUGGCUGCAGCUUCGCCAGAUGCAGCUGGGCGGGAAUGCCAACGCUGCCCAGUUCUUCCGUGCCCACAACUGCAGCACCACCGAUGCCCAGGUCAAGUACAACUCCAGGGCUGCCCAGCUCUACCGGGACAAGCUGAGUGCCCAGGCCCAGCAGGCCAUGAAGGUGCAUGGAACGAAGCUGCAUCUGGAGCAGACGGACAAGAGCGAGGGCAACGAGGCCGCCAAGGAGGAGGACUUCUUCGCCCAGUGCGACCACGAGGCGGACUUUAAUGUGCAGAACAACAAUGUGAGCAAGCCGGAUGUGAAGCCAGCAACCGCUGCUCCCGUUAUCAGCCUGGAGACGCAACUGGGUGGCGCUCCCAGCGUGGACCUGCUCAAUUUGGCGAUGCCGGCAGCUGUGCCCUCCUCCAUUGGAGCGCGAAAGGUGCAGCCGAAGAAGAGUGGGCUGGGUGCCCGCAAGGUGGGCGGCCUGGGAGCCACGAAGGUGAAGACCAAUUUCGCAGACAUCGAGGCCCGUGCCAAUGCGGCCAACGAGAUGAAGACCUCAGUGGCUGCGGCUCCGCUGGACAAGCCGCAGACGGCCGAGGAGGAACUGGAGACGGUGGCCAGCAUGCGGCUGGCCUACCAAGAGCUCUCCAUACAGAAGACCCGCGAGGAGGCCAAGCUCAAGACCAUGGACCCCGCCAAGGCCAAGCAGAUGGAGCGACUGGGCAUGGGCUUCAGUCUGCGUGGCUCCGACAUGGCCCACUCGGCGCUCGGCGAUAUGGAGACCAUCCAGCAGACGGCAGCCCCCAAGGCAAAACUCUCUUCUUUGGAAAGCGAUAACUUCUUCACCGACUACUCCCUGUACGGCAACAGCAGCAGUGGAGGAGGAGGAGGUAGCUCUACCGAAAAGCGGGAGAGCUCGACUGGCGGUACCAGCAAGCUGGAUAAAUUUGAACUGGAUGCGCUGGGCUACGAGACCAUUGAGCCCAUUGGCGGCUCGCACAGCAACAUAACGUCCAUGUUUGCCGGUAGCAAUGACUAUGACAAGCCCAAGACGACGGCGCCUGUGAAGAAGAGCAGUGGAUUCUCUUCCUCCUCGAGUCAAAGCAAAGGAGGCGCAAGCAACGAUCCCGUGAUCGCCCAGCAAAAGUUCGGCAACUCCAAGGGCUUCGGCUCCGACCAGUACUUUGCCAGCGAACAGUCUUCGGCUGACGUCAGCGCGAGUUUGAACCGCUUCCAGGGAUCGCGAGCCAUAUCAUCGUCGGACUACUUUGGCGACGGCACUCCCGGCGGCAGUGCAGGCAACAGAGGAUCGUCGGUCAACUUUAAUGCACCCGACCUGGAUGUGGAGAGCGUGAAGGAGAGCGUUCGUCAGGGCGUACACAAAGUGGCCGGACGGCUGAGCAAUCUGGCCAAUGAUGUGAUGACCUCCUGGCAGGACAAGUACGGUUACUGAUAUCAGCGAAACACCCAGAGUAGUAACCCGCGAAGGAGCAGCAGCGGUGGUGGCGGAGGAGAGUCUAAUUUUAACGUCUUUAUAUAUUAGUCACACACCAAUCGUUUCGCUAUUAUGCUGAAAGUUAAAUAUAGGGAUUCCAAGCAGAUAGCCACUUAGUCUAGUAUCGCAGGAGCAACCUUUGCGCUUGCCUCGUAUCGUUCUUGUAUAAAAAUAACAGAAACAGAAGAAUCCGAAACGAAAUCCAUGCAGUGUAGCCAGCUGUACCAUACGCGUAGUGUCUUUUAAAUAUAUACAUAAAUAUACCGUUCAUAUUAAGGGUGUAAAAGUGCGGAUUCGCGCAAUGUUAUUUUGAUUAGACUGUUUUUCUUUGUUAACAUCUUUUAUGCACCACAAAUGCGACAAUAUUUCGCCGAUCGAAAAUUUGUAUUCCAAUAGGCUCAUUUUUAAAUUGUUUCUCGUUCAUCAUGAAAUUAAGUAAGACAGUGUAACAUGAAUAAACUAGAACUGCACAGCA